AUGAUUUUAUUUAUUUAUUUAUUUUUUGAUCCGUUCUAUCCUGUUGUAUCUAAAUUUAGGAUUGAUGAAUUUGAUGAUGAUACUGUUGGAAUGUAUGUUUGUAAAGUUGAUGUACAAGGCAAACAAAUUGAAGGUUAUGUGAAAGCAGAAAUAUACGUUCCGGAUACAAUAAUACAAGUAUUGCUGGAACCAUCAUCUGAAAGUAUAUCACUGGGUGAUCGAGCAUGGUUCGAUUGUAAAGUAACAGGUGAUCCGGAUGCUGAAAUAACUUGGACAAAAGAGGGUGAAGAUGAACUGCCGGAUAAUACUCAGGUUAUGGGUAAUCGUUUAUUGUUUGUAAACGUACGCGAAGAUAAUGGUGGUAUUUAUAAAUGUCAUGCGAAAACGAAAGCUGGACCAUUGGAAACACGAAAUGUGCUCAAUGUUGGAAUUGCAAAACGCAAGCGAAAGCGUAUUUCACGUAAAAAAGAAAAACGAGCCUAUAAAGAGGCUUGGAAUAAUGAUAAGAAAAAGAAGCAUAGUUCAUCCAUUUUUGGCACUUGGUUUACAUCUGGCUAA